GCCUGAGAAGGGAGUCAGCCGGCCCGAUGCCUGCCUGGGGGGCCCUGUUCCUGCUCUGGGCCACUGCAGAGGCCACCACGAACUGCCCCACACCGUGCACCUGCCAGGCUCUGGAAACCAUGGGGCUGUGGGUGGACUGCGGGAGCCGGGGGCUCACAGCCCUGCCUGCCCUGCCCAUCCACACCCGCCACCUCCUGUUAGCCAACAACAGCCUACGCUCCGUGCCUCCCGGCGCCUUCGACCACCUGCCCCAGUUGCAGACCCUGGACGCCUCAAAGAACCCCUGGCACUGCGACUGCAGCCUCACCUACCUGCGCCUCUGGCUGAAGGACCACACGCCCGAGGCCCUGCUGCAUGUCCGCUGCGCCAGCCCCCGCCUCGCCACCAGACGCCCACUGGGUCAGCUGACCGGCUAUGAGCUGGGCAACUGCGGCUGGCGGCUCCAGGAGUCCUGGGCCUACCCGGGCGUCUGGUGGGACGUGGCUCUGGUGGUCAUGGCGGUGCUGGGCCUGGCUCUCCUGGCUGGUCUGCUGUGCACCGCCACAGAUCCCCUGGACUGAGCCCAGGCCCCAGG